GGCGGAAGGCAGCGGUUGCAACGCCGGCAAGCCGGAAGGCACUGACAGAGCGGAGGGAGUCGGGGGCGGCCAUAGCGCUGUGGUUGUUGGUGCCUCUCAGAGACCGAGGCCGGCUAUCGUGUUCUCCGCCGUCAGACCUUAUAACAUCUGGAUAUGUCCUUCAUAUUCGACUGGAUUUAUAGUGGUUUCAGCAGUGUACUGCAGUUUUUAGGACUGUACAAGAAAUCUGGCAAAUUAGUAUUUCUUGGAUUGGACAAUGCUGGAAAAACAACACUUCUGCAUAUGUUAAAAGAUGACAGGCUUGGACAACAUGUACCUACAUUACAUCCCACAUCAGAAGAACUGACUAUUGCUGGCAUGACUUUUACCACUUUUGAUCUGGGUGGGCAUGCUCAAGCUCGAAGAGUGUGGAAAAACUAUCUGCCUGCCAUAAAUGGCAUUGUUUUUCUGGUGGACUGUGCAGACCAUGACCGACUGUUAGAAUCAAAAGAAGAACUUGAUUCUCUUAUGACAGAUGAAACAAUAGCUAAUGUGCCUAUCCUAAUUCUUGGAAAUAAGAUUGACAGACCUGAAGCCAUUAGUGAAGAACGGUUACGAGAAAUGUUUGGUCUAUAUGGUCAAACAACAGGAAAGGGAAGUGUUUCAAUGAAAGAAUUAAAUGCCAGGCCUUUAGAAGUCUUCAUGUGCAGUGUGCUAAAGAGACAAGGCUAUGGUGAAGGUUUUCGUUGGGUGGCACAAUACAUCGAUUAAUACCAAGUCCACAUCUGUCUGUGUCUGACACUAAGUCUGCUCAGUUAUUUGAUUACUCAGCAUACAUAACUUGAAUUCAAUAGACUUUUGUUGGUUAUAAAGGAUAAGUUUUUUAGAUCAUUAAUAUUAUUUCAACUAUUGUGAAUGUGAGGAUUGAAAACUGAUUUCAGGCAAGUUUAGAUAUCACAUUGUUAACUUUCUAAUUCUAUAAAAUAAUUUAUGUUCUUUUACAAUUUAUAAUUUGACAUUUGCACCCAGCACCAUUUUUGGACAGAAUGACUUUCCCGUCUAGUAUGUUUGAAUGCACUUUUUAACAGCUAAAAACUACAGAUAUGUGAAUGGUAUUUAAUGCUCAUCAUGUUAAAUUUUUUAUGUACUUUUUUUGGAACUGAUUUUAUAAAUUUAGACUAUAUAACCACCUGUCUUUAAGGUACAAUUAAUAAUUAGUUUAUUAAUUGCAUGAUGCCUUACAGUUUUUAAUAAUAUUCUUAUGCAACGUCAUGCAAUAAAACAAAAUCUAAUUUUUGCAUAUUUGGUGGGAAAAUGUUUCAUUUUAAUGUGUUUAAUGGACAAUAGAAGGUUGUUUUUAGCAAACUGAUAUAAAUGUCUUAAGUUCCAAUGGGCUUUUGAAUUCAUCUAGAAGGACUUUUUUGGCAGAAUGCUUCUCGCACUAUUUUUUUCCUGGUGAAUUCUUCAUAUUCUUCAGUAUCAAUAGAAUCCAUUUUCAAAUAGUAGAACUCUACUCCUGGAAAAACAUAACUUUCUUGAUUUAUCACAUGCUCAGUUUUUAGUUUAGUAACUUCUUAGCUCUGUCACAAUUGUUUGAUUUUGAAGUACUUUUAGCUGUGUUGGUGCUGAUUUGAGGAACAUGUCCUAUUAUUAAAGAAACAAGUCACCAAUUUUUAUAUAUGAUGGGAUGCCCAAGUCAAAUUAGAGGCGCAGUUUCCUAUGUGCAAUUUUACCUUUAGCCUGUUGUUUGAUUCAGUUAAGCAAAGUAUCAAGACAUUUUACUCAGUGUAUUUUUGGCUUCUUGCCUAUUCUUCAUGCCUUUAAAGGAUGAUUAUUUCUUGCUGUGGGAAAAAAGGGCAUUUUUCUCAUCUUACUCUUGGACUCUUUUUUGUGUAAACACACACAGGUUUUCAUCUAUACAUGUAAUGUUUGUUAUUCUCUAGUUUCUCUACAACCCUUAGUAAUAAUUACAAAUAACAUAAAAGCUUGGUAAAUGUAUUGAGAUCCUUUCCUAUUUUCUCACAUUUCUUUCAUCAGUAUAGUAAGACACAGGAGUAACUAGAUAAUGCUCUGUACUUCAAGAAAAAUUUAAAGCAUAUGACUUUGUUCCUUAUUAUACAAAGAUCUUAUUUACCAGAAUUUAACUCUGAUAUAAUUGAAAUUAAAUGUUUUUUAAAACAAGCCUUUAAUGGCUUAAUACUGAGAGAAAUCUUAAUUGUACUAAAGUAGAUAAUGUAACCUUUAUUUCAGAUAAACAACCAAUUGUGCUGCUAGUGAGAUGUUUUACAAUUUUAGACUGGGGAGUCCAAACUUUGUAGUAGAAUCAUUUCUUACCUUGAAAUUGGGUUUUAGUCAUUCAUACUUGCCAAGUUUCAUAUUCAGUUCCUUUCCAAGUAACACUAAAAGGGCUGUUUCCUCUAUAACUGAUAAUGUGUCAGUAAUAGGCUAUAUUUCUAACUUGCUAGAACAUUAUACUAGAUAUAUAAAAGGUUAUCUCGAAGGUGCUAACUGAAUCUGAACAAGGCAUCAUUGAUUAAAAUUAACUCCCUUUUGCUGAUGGUACACAUUGAGGACAUAUUUCUCUUUUUCUUUGGUUGUCAGCAUAGAAGUUAAAAACUGACAUUGUAAAUAGAAAUACAAGUUGUUUCUUAGCAUAAAAUAAUCUGUUCAAGACUUGGAAUACUUUUAUUGUGGAAUUGAUACUUGGUAGGAAAGAAGUAGACAGGUUUACUUUAUAAAGUAUAAGCAAUGUCAGCCUUUUGCCUAGUUGGGGGAGGGGAAGCUGUUGGAUGGGGAUCCUUGUGACUUAAGCCUGUGGAAAUGAAGCUGGAGAAAGCACUGGCAGCUGAAAUUCCCUCCUCCCCCUCAAGAAACUUGUCCAUGAAGCCAAAUUUUGCUAGCUGAUCCAUAAGGCAGCUUUGAGAGGGACCUCUCCCCCCUCCCCCCAUAGUUAUGUGUGUUUAUAUUUCUAAUACAUACAUACAGGCAAAUUAAGGAAGCAGAAAAAAAGAGCAUAAGAACGUGUGUGAGUAUACAUGUGACAUUUGAGUAUAGAUAUUAGUGUUGCAUAUAUGCAAAUUUAAUACUUCAUAUUGUACUGUGCUAGUUUAAAAUGUGGUUGUAACACUCUUGCAUCCAUGCAAAUUGGAUGCAGACUAAUCAGGCAACAUUCAGAAAAUCUAAGCUAAUUUUAAAAAGUAAAAAAGUCUUCAAGUUUAAAAGCUUAUAAGAUGUUUCAGAUUGACAUUCUUAGCAUAGUCUCAUGUUUCAUUGGCUAUCAUUAAAUUUAUAUUGGGAUUUAGGCUUACUAGGAUAACAAACUCAUCUGUUUAAUUUUUUAGCUGGAAUACAUUACAGGGUAGAAAUGUAGAAACACAGACAUUUCCCAAGGCACAUGGAAGAAUUUUCCCUUCCAUAUAAUCUUUUAUUAGCUUACUUGAAAACCAGUAUUGUCUUAUGUGUGCCAAAGAUUUUUUUUUUAAAGUAUACUUCCAAACAUUACCUAUAUAAAUCUCAGUGUAAAGGUUAUUUGCACACAUGAAGGCACAGUCAUUUAUAAAAUAAUGCCGUUUUAAUUAUGAACAGAACUUCAUUAGGAAUAUGUUGUUUUAAAGUGGCUCAUCUGACUGCAAGUUCCAUAGGUGAAUUUGCAGAUGGGUGAAAGGUGACAGUUGUAAUAAUAAUUUCCUUAACUUCUACAAAAUUAUUUCACUGCUUAUAUUCAAAAUUCAGCAUUUUUGUGGAUUUCAGAAUUAACCAUCAGUAAGACAGCUAAAAAUAUAGUGAUUUUGAUUAAAGAGUUUUAGGAUAAAUAUUUAUUUUUUCUGAAUUCUUGCUAUUUGACACAUUAUUGGUUAUGGCAUUUCAUUCCUGUUAGUCACAGGAAUAAAUUGACAUGGCAGUAUCAUCAAGAAGUAGACAAAAGUGCAUUUGGGGAGUAUAUUUGAAGGAAAAGAAAAACGUUCACCUCUCACAUAUUUUGUUUCCAUUUUUAUUAAAAAUGUACUCAUUUUACUAAGAAUUUAUUUUAUUUUUUUUAAUUUCUGGAAGUUGAAGAUAUGUAAAAAGUUACCUUGAAAUUUUAAUGUGACUUCCUGGUGGGGGAAAAAAUCUUAAAGAUAAGUAUAAGUUGGCAGGUAAACAAUAGUUUAAUAAAAAAAUUAAUGGGGCAUUAAGAAUAAGUUGGAGUAAAUAAAAUAUGAUUUGGUACUAUAAAUUUGAAUUAAUAAGGCUUGACUAUAAAUCCAAGAGAUCAGGGAAUUUUAAGCCAUAUACUAAGCUGAAUUCUUAAAGCCACAUGUGGGUGUGCUCAGUUAUUUCCAUUAAUGUCCUCUCUUUAGAGAUGCAGAUGACUGCUUUAAAUUCUAAGACAGGUUCUUUGAAAAGAUGGCCGUGUCAUUCCUAUAAAAUAUUUAAAAUUUUGCUGGAAAUAUAAUCUCCUUCCCUUCAUAUCUAGCCUUCUGUACCUCUUCCCACCAAUUUCCCCCCAUCCAAAAAUGUGUUAGAAAAUAUUACAGUUUACACUAGAAUGCAGUGUUAGCUGUAUUCAUGAUGUUUGAGUUCUAGAUGUGCCCUUAGCUUCUACUUAUUUUUGUCCUCUCAUUUUCUAAAAUGUGAUUGUGCUAAAUUUUGUUUAAUUGAAAUAUCCUAUCAUAUAGUAUCUUGAAAUUAUUUGGGAUUUUGGCCAAUCUCUCCAAAACAAAAAUAAAACAGAACCAAGGUAUUCUUGUAUCUCUUUAAAAGAACCACCUACCAUAUUGGAUUUAGGGGAAAAAUAAAAAGGUCUUUCAGCAGGUUUUGUCAGAAAUUGUUUCUUUUAGUAAAGGAACAUUUGAGUGGAUUUUUUAGGCAUGAGUUUGAAAUAAAGAUUUUUUUUUUUUUUUUUUUUGAAAUUUGUGGAUAAGGGUGAGUAACAUUUAUAUUAACUUUGAAUGUAAAAGCCACUUUAGAAUGAAUUUUUAAAUCCUGGGAUUUCACACCCGGUUAUUGUGCUGUAAUAGCUGCUCAACCAAUAUGCACCAGGUCUGUAUACACAUGGCUGUUUGUUUUAAAACUACUAGAAAGUAUUUUUAUUUAACAGUAGGAUAUUAACAGACACCUAGAAUGGGAAGACAAUGAUUUGUUAAUCACUAACCUCUUUUGCACUUUUGUAUACCACUGCUUGCACUAGUAUUCAGUGUGGAAUUUUAACACUAUCAUUUUGGAAUGUGAAUAAAUGUUUUAAACAUAAUUUAUAUAAAGAAUUUCUUUGUUUAUUUUUAUGUAUUUUGCAAGUGUAGCAAACAGAUGGUCGAAUGUUUUUGAACUUUGUUGUGUUAUUUUGAUUAUUCUGUUGUUAUUUCAUUGCACACUAUGAAUAUGAGUGCCAGGAAUAGCAAAAUAAAACUCUAACCUGAACAAUGAAGAAUGCUAGUGCAGAGUUCCAUUUCUCGUCAGUAUUCUUUGUUAGACUUGAAUGGAAAUUCCUUGGACUUAAGAAUCAGAACUAUGAAGGAAUGUUUAUUCCUAGCUAAUAUCUCUUUGAUUUAGUCUUCAAAUCUGGUACCAGAUUUGCUCAAACACAAAUUUUCUAAAUCGAAAAAAGCAUAUCGUGGAUAAAUCCAUUCAGUGUUAAAUGGCACUUGAAAAAGUAAGACAACCAGUUGAUUUUGUGUAUGUCAUACAAAACAAGCAUUGACUAAUCUUCCUGCUUGCUAAUUGGAUUAUUCCCUGGAAAUAACCAAACUAAUAAGUUGAUGUACAUUCUUUUUGUCAGGGCUCAAGAAAAGUAGAAAAUAAAGAAAAAGCAGGUGAUUAAUGCUAGCCUUAUGUAUUUGCCCACAUUUUUUAAUCCUUUUUAAGACCUAAAUCUUAUCACAGAUACUCUGGAUGGUCAUGGUUUUUGUAAUUUAGAUUUUUGUUAGAGAUCAAUGAAAUAGAUAAACCUAGGGUAGUUAGGCUGUAUUAAUUGUUAGUUCUCUAAAUGUAAAAAUUGCCAGGUUUUUUACUUGUUGUUCUAAAAAUAAUUAUUGAAUUGAAACUAUGAUUUUUUUGUAAUGUCCAAGUAGUAGGCACACUGAAAUCAUAAGAUCCAGAAUUAGACUUAUUUAAAACAUUUUAUCUAGAGCAAUUAAAUAUUUGUAUCAGUCAAGCCUAAACUAAAAGUAGUGCAACUAUUAUAACCCUGUGAAAAAAUGGGAGUACUUUGGAUGUUAUAUAGUGAAUAAAUGAAAUGCUUUGCCUUGGAA